ACUGUCAAAUCGCAUUGUUUACACACGGUUUACAACACAUUAAUUACCGUUCAUCUUUUUCCUUUUCAAACAUGCUAAAUAUUUAAAACAAAUUAGAUUUUAUUUAUAUAAAUACACAGUAAUGGAUACAAAACCGUCUACAAAGCGUAGAUCGCAGAGAAUCGUGAAGAAUCGUAAACACCUCAGAGUGAAAAGGACUGAUUCACCUACUUCGAAUUGUUCCACAGAAUCAAGAAGUAAUGUGAAUAAAGCCAAACGUAAGUAUGUGAAAACCCGUGCUGUUCAAGUCAACUCGGAGGACAUCGACCGAAGCGAUACGGGGAAUUGGUUGCCCAUACUAGAGGGUGAAAAUGAACCCAUAAAUCCGCUGGUGGGUGAAACCAUCACUCCGCAAUGUCGUUUCUGCUUGCGCCGUGUUUCACGGAGCAAUUUGCAGAUAAUCCGCACGAAGCACAAAUCCAAGGCGCUUGCAGCACUCAAGAUCAAAAUAUUUCCUGGUGACGCAUACCCGCACGCUUGCUGCAUUUGUCUGGAUCUGCUAGAAAUAAUGCUGGACUUUAAAGACGCCGUUUUGAAAGCAAAACAUUUACUACUUAGCGAACGAACUCACCUGGAAAGUGACGACGGCUGGGAUGAUUUCGAUAGUGUGCAGGCAUUUGCCAAAUGUAAACAGGUAGUUGAGCAACAUAAAAAACAAAUUGAUUAUACCUAUCAGGAGGUUAUCAAGCGACGAAAAACUACAGAAAUUGUUAAAGACGUUUCAACCGACGAUAUUUAUGACGUGAGACCUUUUUUCACUGAAUCUGAAAACUCCAUCGAAUAUUCAAAGCCAGCAACAAAGGACAUUGCACAAAUUGAACAGCUCAUCCCAGACGUGAAGCAAAUGCAAGAGUCUUUAGAUGAUUUUCCAAUUGAUGAUAAAGACGAAAUUGAUGCUCCAAAUAUUUGUCCAUCGGCAGAUGAUGAAGACUUUGAAAUUACUUUGAAAAAAUCUAGUAAAAUGAAAAAAGAGGAGGCAUCAAGAACUAAGAGAAGCAAGCGAAAAUUGAAGAAAAAUGCAUCACCUGUCAAAGAAGAGGUACCACGUUCGGAGUUAUGCGAUCUAUGCGGACAGCGCGUGUGUUUCCAGGCAGUAGAAUCGCAUAAAAAUCGUCAUCUAGGAGUCAAACCGUACACCUGCCCAUCUGAAGGCUGUGGAUUGAGUUUCUACAGCAGAUUCAACCAGAUGAAGCAUGUGAAGCGUAUCCAUGGAGAGAACGGGGUUCCAACGCAUAAGUGCGACAUCUGCGGAGCACACAUCCGUGGUGCGUUGAACGUACUGAACUGGCAUAAGCGUAAGCACGACGAAAAAAAGCAACAUAUUUGCCAAUUCUGCGGGAAAGCUUUCACGAUACGCCAAUAUCUGCGGCAGCAUGUUACCGUGGUGCACACGGAGGUAUUUCCACACGAAUGUCGCUACUGCGGUAAAAAGUUCAAGCUAAAAUGGAGUAUGUGGGCGCAUGAGAAGAAUGUCCAUGAGAAGAAACAGCAGGUCAUUGCACUGCAGCAGCCGCAUGUGGCAGAUUGCGAGACAACAGUUAAAACUGAACAUGUUACUUUACUGCAAGGGUAAUUGUCGUUAGUGAUAAGCUAUGUGUUAUCAUUAUUACAAUGUGAAUCUUUCUAUUAGUCUUUGUUGCACAAAAAGUUCUAAUUCCAACAUAGUAAUGAAUUAAGGUGUUCUCUCUGAUAUGUUCCUUCUUAAAUCGGAUUACGUCUUACUUUAUUUCUUAUUAUUUACUUUUGCAAUAAAACUAGAAAAUUUCAGUUUGAUCAAUUCCUUGCUUAAGCUUUAUUCAAUAACUAUGGAAAGUAUACUCUGCAGUGCUGAAAAAUCGGUAUCAAGACACAACUCAAUCUUAGGGAUUUUAAGGUAGGUAUAUAUUUUUAGCAGCAUCGAUACUAAUAGUGACGUAAGGGGUAAUAAUAAUAACGUUAGAACUAUUUGUUCUAUUCCAAAUGCUUAGCGGUUGUGUUUCAAACAUAAUCAUACCCAGUGUCACCCGGAACAGGACAGUUGGUGUCGGGUUGCUCCUGGAUCAUAGCGGCCUGGUACUUUUUUUCGUGAACAUUUUUUUCGUGCGUUAUCAUACUCCAUUUGAGUUUGAACCUACAAAACAAAACAAAAACACAUCAACAAAUAAACAUCACCAGAGUUUUCUUAUGCAUAUUGUGCAUAACAUACUUUUUCCCGCAAUAGCUGCACUCGUACGGAAACACCUCGGAAUGAACGACCGUCAAAUGCUGCUUCAGAUACUGCAUCAUCGUAAAUCCUUUACCACAAAAUUGACACUCGUGUUUCUUCGUCUGCUGGUGCUUGCGCUUGUGGUAGUUUAGCACACCCAACGCUCCCCGGAUAUACCGUCCGCAAAUAUCGCACUUGUGCGAUGGUACACCGUUCUCACGAUGGAUGCGUCUGACGUGCAAGGUUUGAUUGAAUCGGCUGUAGAACGUUAAAUCACAGCCCUCGGCCGGACAUGUGUACGGUUUAAUUCCUAAAAUAAAAAUCUGUUAAAAUCAUCUGU